UUGAAAUCCUUCCACAACGAGCUGCUCUCUGAGCUGGAGAAGAAGGUGGACCUGGAUUCUCGUUAUCUGACUGCUGCCCUGAAGAAAUACCAGUUGGAACACAAGAACAAAGGGGAAAGUCUGGAGAAGUGCCAGGCUGAAUUGAAGAAGCUGCGCAGGAAGAGCCAGGGCAGCAAGAACCCCUCCAAGUACGGAGAGAAGGAGAUGCAGUUUGUGGAGACCAUCAGCAGUAAGCAGACGGAGCUAGACACCUUCAUCGCUGAGGGAUACAAGACAGCCUUGUCUGAGGAGCGCCGCAGGUACUGCUUCCUGGUUGACCGCCAGUGUGCCGUGGCCAAGAACAGCAGCGCCUACCAUGGCAAGGGUAAAGACCUCCUGACCCAGAAGAUCCCAGUGUGGCAACAGGCCUGCUCAGACCCCAACAAGCUGCCAGAGAGGGCCAUGCUCCUGGCCCAGCAGAUGGGCUCUGCAGGCCUUGGGGGAGCAAGCCCCCUCCAUACUUCCAAAUCCAACUUGGUCAUCUCAGACCCUAUCCCCGGGGCCACGCCUCUUCCUGUGCCCCCAGAGCUGGCUGUUUUUAUGAGUGGUGGCCUGGGUCACCAAGCGAGGCUGAUUGGCCCUGAUGGUAUGUCCAUGGUAAAUGGGACAACAGGAGCCCAUGGGGAGGAAUAUUGGACUGACGGAGGGACUAUAUCCGUGUCCCAAGUCAGGCCGGCAUCCCCCCAGACCCAGCCACCGGGCCAGGCCCAGGCCCAGCCCCAGAGACAGGUCAGCGAUGUCUACUCCAACACCCUUCCUGUCCGUAGGCCAGCCCCCGCCAAGAAUAAGAACCCCGUGGGAGAGACACGGACUCUGCCCAGGUCCAGUUCCAUGGCAGCAGGCCUGGAAAAGAACGGGCGUUCCCGUGUCCAGGCCAUCUUCUCCCACGCUGCAGGUGACAACGGCACCCUGCUCAGUUUCUCUGAGGGAGACGUAAUCACCCUGCUAGUGCCUGAGGCCCGCGAUGGCUGGCACUAUGGAGAGAAUGAGAAGAACAAGAUGCGUGGCUGGUUUCCAUUCUCCUACACACGUGUGCUGCCUGAAAGUGACAGUGAGAAGCUCAAAGUGAACUUGCACCAUGGGAAAAGUAGCAGCACAGGGAACUUGUUGGAGAGUGAUGCAUCGCUGCCCACACCUGACUAUGGCCUGACUGCCCGACUGCUUGCACAGAGCCUCGCUCAGACCCGCCCGCGCCCCUACAGCAUGGCAGCCUUCGGCACACAGCCUGCCAUAGAGGAUUAUGACGGCCGCUUUGCCACAAGUAGCGGUUGGUGGGUGGAGGAUUGCGUUGAGCGAGAGAGCCCGAGCGGGGCCCGCCUGCUCGGCAUGCAGCGAUAUGGACUCUGAAUACUCUAUCUCUGAUCACAGUCCACCAUCACGGACUGAUCUCUCAAGAGACUGCCUUUGCUACUGCUUGUCUUUCAUGCAUGUACAUGGUUGUGUCAUUUUGUCAAACUAAAGGACAUGUUCAUGUACUGUACAAGUGCCAAGACUUCAAUGUCGUUGUACUAAAGCCACUGGCUGAAUGGCCUUUUCUAAGCACACGUGGGCCCAGUAUAAUGGAGUUCCCACCCGGCAACACUUGCUCAAAAAAUAGCUUUUUACAAAGUAAGGCUGUGCAGCAGAAUAUUUCUGUUGUGAGAGAUCCCGCAGGUGGCGCUGUGCUUCCUUGUGUCAGUGCUAAUUUUCUGUCCAGAGAGCGUGUGUCAUAUUUGCCUUACGUCGCUUCUUUUUUUUCCUAUUAAACAAAUACUUUAUCUGCAAUGAGACACAUUUUCAAACUGAGCUUCGACAAUAUACAGUAUAUAGAUAUAUAAUAAUAAUAUAUAUAUAUAUUAUUUCCUUCAGUCCACAUAAUUGCACGGAAAUAUGAUCAUUGCAAAAAACAUGUGUUCAUAUCAAAAGAUUUUUUAAAUGACGACCAUUAGCCCCACAGAAACUUGUUAAAAAAAUGCCUCGCUGGUAUUUCUUUUGGAGCUACAGUGAGUUUGGAAGGUCUUUUAUCUUCUGUUGAGUAUCCUCCAUAACAGCUGUGAAUUAGUUUUUAGGUUAAAUGACAACCACGGCUUUUGCAGCUCUCAGUGUUAUUUAUGAUUGUAUUCCCUGAGUGGCUAUGUAGUUUUUGGUCUUUUCUUUUAAAAAGUAUUGUCCUUGUAAAAAAAAAUAAUAUUUCGAGAAACAAUGAGAAACUACUGAUUAGUUGAAGUGUUUAUCUUAUGCAUGCUGUGGAGGAAAACCAGAAAAUGUGAUACUGAAAUUGACCUUGAAUGUAUGGUGACUUUUUACAAAGGUAUUCUAAAUAAAACAUAUCUCUAUAUAUUAAUAAACAA